AGCUGUAACAAGAGCGAAAUAUAAGUUGAAAGCUCGUUAUGGCCUUGUCUACUGUAAGGAAUUAUGAUGAAGACAAGAAAGCUUGUGACCAGUUCCUGCGUUUUUAUAGCAAGAUGGAUAGUUGUGGGAAUAAGCACUUUGUUUAUAGUGAACAGCUGACUCGCAUUGCAAAUCGUGAACAAUCGGUGCUGUAUGUUUCUAUAGACGAUGUGGCUGAACACUCCAGCGACUUAGCUAACGCGAUAGAAUGCAACGCUGUUCGCUACACAAAGAUAUUUGCUGAGGUUAUUGACGACUUACUACCCGAUUUUCGGACAGUUGAGCUUGUUCCCCAAGAUGUUCUGGACAUAUUUAUCGACCAUAGGAUUAGAAUGGAACAGAGAAUCAGGGCUGCGGAUGCAGAGACAGCCCCACGUGCUGUAUCCCGCGACCCUGAACCUGUGAAUAUGGCGGAAGUUCGUUCCAGGUUCCCGCCUGAGCUUCUACGACGUUUUGAGGUUUAUUUCUGCGGUAGGUCAGAUGCAAAGCCGUUGUGUGUUCGGAAUGUAUUGGCUUCCAGCAUCGGACAUCUUAUUCAGGUUCGUGGAGUUGUUACACGCGCAACCGAAGUCAAACCUCUCAUAACAACAGCGACAUACACUUGUGAUCGUUGUGGUGCUGAAACAUAUCAGGAAAUAAAUAACCCAACGUUCAUGCCACUUACUGUUUGUGGUACCUCUGCGUGUAAAAAUGCCGGACCGGGUGGUGGUGGUCGACUACAUAUGCAGACACGAGGAUCCAAGUUCCUUAAAUUCCAAGAGAUUCGUAUUCAGGAAUUAUCUGAUCAAGUGCCUGUUGGUCAUAUUCCUCGUGCACUGACCAUUUAUCUUCGAGGUGAAAACACUCGGGCAGCUCAACCUGGAGAUCAUAUUCUUGUUACAGGUGUUUUUCUGCCAAGUGUACGCGGAGCAAGCUUUUCUGGCAGCGGUCGAACAAAUCAAGCUUCUGUAUCGUUGAAUACUGUCUCUGGUGGUUUACUAACUGAUACCUAUUUGGAAGCUCACAGUGUACAACUAUUGAGUAAGACAGAUGAUGUUACGGAUGCCAACGAACCGAGUGAAGAGGAAAUAGAACGCCUACGUGAUCUGGAAUUUUACUCACUAAUGGCUCAAUCCUUAGCUCCUGAAAUUUAUGGCCACGAAGAUGUCAAGAAGGCUUUACUUCUAUUGCUGGUUGGUGGUGUGGAGUUAGCUCCUAAAGAAGGACUUCGAAUUAGAGGGAAUUUAAAUAUUUGUUUAAUGGGUGACCCAGGAGUUGCUAAGUCUCAACUACUGGGAUUUGUUGAUCGCCUUAGCCCUAGAUCACAGUAUACGACUGGUCGAGGUAGUUCUGGAGUAGGUUUAACAGCCUCAGUCAUGAAAGAUCCACUAACAGGUGAAAUGACUUUGGAAGGAGGAGCUUUGGUAUUAGCGGACCAAGGAGUAUGUUGCAUUGACGAAUUCGAUAAAAUGACGGAAUUCGAUCGCACAGCCAUACAUGAAGUAAUGGAACAGCAAACCAUCAGCAUAGCUAAAGCUGGUAUACUCACAACACUGAAUGCACGAGUUGCAAUCCUUGCUGCAGCUAAUCCAGCUUAUGGACGUUAUAAUCCUAAUAAAAGUGUAGAACAAAAUGUAGAUCUGCCUGCAGCCUUGCUUUCUCGUUUUGAUUUACUGUGGUUGAUUCAAGAUAAACCUGACCGGGAACAUGAUCUUAGAUUAGCACAACAUAUUACUUUUGUGCACAUGCAUGGAUCUGCUCCAUCAGCGACUGACUCACAGAUUGAUUCAACUUCAAGUACGAAUCAUCAACAACUGCUAUCGCUCCCUGAACUCCGUCGUCUUAUCGCUGUUGCCAAAGCUCAACCCGCCCCAGCCGUUCCUGCUCAUUUGGCCGAUUAUCUGGUUGGUGCUUAUGUAGAAAUGAGGAAAGAAGCACGUGCAAACAAAGAAAUGACUUAUACAAGUGCAAGAACUCUUCUAGCUAUAAUGCGACUGUCUACAGCCCGUGCUCGGCUUCGCGCAGCUUCGGAGGUUAGUAAAGGCGAUAUAGAUGAAGCUAUGCGUCUUAUGGAAGCUAGCCGUGCAUCAAUUAUUACAUCCUACGAAGAUUCCAAUCGUUCAGGACGUCCUCAGUCGUACAAAGAUGUAAUUUACCAUAUUGUUCGUGAGUUAACUGCUGCCGGUGAUGGGACAGCACGAAUUGCUGAUAUCGCUGAACGUUGUGCAACUAAAGGAUAUACACCAGCUCAGGUUGUUUGAUUCAUCAAGUUUAAAUCAUAGAAAAGUAUAUGUUGUAAUUUGUGAAUAAAAUUAGUAUCUCUUCUUGGUUAGGAAAUUCACUCUAAAUUCUUACUAUCUCAGUACAUAUAUACUGAUUCAUCGAUUUUCUUCAUUACCAAAUUACUUUCGGUGUAUCAAGCCUACUCUACACAAUUGUGUAUUUAAGAAAUAUUCUUAUAAUUCAUUGAUCUUUCUCUAGGUCUAUUGGAAAAAGCUCCAAGUGUUUUUGAUCUCGCUUUUUUUUUCUCUGAGCUGGAUAAUUUAGUUAUAAAACUUUCAUUGUCAUUCCAGACAUCAUCUGUACUUAGUUCGCACAUGCAGAAACACUAACUAUAAUCUAAACGAAAUGAUAUAUUAUUAAUCAUAUUAAUCCACACAGACGAACAUAAACAUGGACUUGAUAUGCGAAACCUUUAAAUUCUUUAUCGUGGAAAUUCAGAGAAUGCCAGUAAGAGUUUUUGGAAACAUAGCGUUCGGGUCAAUCUGCGAUCAACAAGCAUAUCAACAUAGACCGUAUUGACCAGUAUAUACGGAAAAGGUCAACCAUUCAAGUGGUCAAAAGUCAACGGAAUUAAGUGCUCAACAGAAAUGCAAACUCAAAUAAAACUGCCAAAACGGUCUAAGAUGACUAUUCAAAGACAAGGUCAUCAGAGUAGGGUCACUUAACACUUGUAACUUAAUCAAACAGCUGACUUUCAUGUAAAGUAAGCGCUCAUGAUAGUGUCGAAAACGAUAAUGAAAACUACACAAAUAAACAAGCCAACUCAGGACGUAACUCAACCAAAGGUAUCAACCUAGACUACGAAUCUUCAUUAUUUCGAUCGUCGGGUUUUUUAUAUUGCUAUUGUAACUCUAAUUGAUUAUAACAUAUCUAUUGUUCUGUCACAAACGACUCAUGUAUGCACAAGGCAGAAAAAUAAGGAGUCAUACAGUUAGCUACUGAGAAGAAAUCUUUAUGCUAAAUUCAUUCUCUAAACGUUUGUUUGUUUUUACGUUAUUGAUGUUUAGUCAGAAUUCAGGAAAAGCUUAAUACGUCUUUAACUGUCUUCAAUUUUGAGUUAUAUUCGUGAUAGUAAUCAAAUUUUCUAUGUUGGUUUUUUCAGCUUAAUGAAGUCAUUGAAGCAUAUGAAGAUCUUAAUGUUUGGCAGGUUAAUAUUGGACGAACAAGAAUCACUACUGUAGCCUAACUGAGCAUUACGUCAAUGAAUAAUGCAUCAGAGAUCAAGAUUUCAUGUUAACUUUUUGUACUGUUAUUUCGAUGUAUUAUUGAUAUUCUGUAUAAUGCUGUUUUAUAAUUUUUUUAUUACACAUUCAUUAAUUG